AUGACCGCCCACAAGAAAACAGCUAUCGUUUCUGUUUAUGAUAAAACCGGAUUAUUAGAUUUGGCCAAAGGUUUAAAUGAUAAUAAUGUUCGUAUUUUAGCUUCUGGUGGUACUGCCAGAAUGAUCCGUGAAGCUGGUUUCCCAGUUGAAGACGUCUCCUCUAUCACGCAUGCUCCAGAAAUGUUAGGUGGCAGAGUUAAAACUCUACAUCCAGCCGUUCAUGGGGGUAUUUUGGCCAGAAACCUGGAAAGUGACGAGAAGGAUUUAGAAGCUCAAAACAUUGAAAAAGUUGAUUUUGUUGUUUGCAACUUAUAUCCCUUCAAAGAGACUGUCGCCAAGAUUGGUGUUACUAUUGCUGAAGCUGUUGAAGAAAUUGACAUUGGUGGUGUCACUUUAUUAAGAGCUGCUGCUAAGAACCAUGCUAGAGUCACCAUUUUGAGUGAUCCAAAGGAUUAUCCCCGUUUUUUGCACGAGUUAUCUGCUGGAAAGGGUGAGUCCAUUACAUCUGAAUUGAGAAACACCUUGGCUUUGAAAGCCUUUGAGCAUACCGCCGACUACGAUGCGGCAAUUUCUGAUUUCUUUAGGAAACAAUAUGGUGAGGGAAAAUCCCAAAUAAACUUGAGAUACGGUGCAAACCCAUUUCAAAAACCAGCACAGGCUUUUGUCUCUUUACGCGAUGAAUUACCAUUCAAAGUUUUGAGCGGGUCUCCAGGAUAUAUCAACUUAUUAGAUGCUUUAAACUCAUGGCCAUUAGUUAAAGAAUUAUCUGCCUCUUUGAAUUUACCAGCUGCUGCUUCUUUUAAACACGUUUCUCCAGCUGGCUGCGCUGUUGGUUUACCGCUAAGUGAAGUUGAAAAACAGGUCUAUUUUGUCAAGGACAUUGAAAACUUAAGUCCUUUAGCUUGUGCCUACGCCAGGGCUCGUGGUGCUGACAGAAUGUCCUCCUUUGGUGAUUGGAUAGCUUUAAGUAACAUUGUGGAUGUUCCAACCGCCAAAAUAAUCUCCAAAGAAGUCAGUGAUGGUGUCAUUGCUCCAGGCUAUGAACCAGAAGCUUUGGAAUUGUUGAAGAAAAAGAAGAAAGGUAAGUAUUGUGUUUUACAAAUUGAUCCAACUUACACUCCGGAACCUACUGAAACUAGACAAGUUUAUGGUGUUAGUUUACAACAAAAGAGAAACGAUGUUAUUAUCAAUAGCUCUACAUUCAAGGAAAUUGUUUCAAAAAACAAAACUUUACCUGAACAAGCAGUCGUUGAUUUAACUGUUGCUACUAUUGCUCUAAAAUACACUCAAUCCAACUCUGUGUGUUAUGCUAAGAACGGUAUGGUUGUUGGUUUAGGUGCUGGUCAACAAUCCAGGAUACAUUGUACUAGAUUAGCCGGUGACAAGUGUGACAACUGGUGGUUUAGACAACACCCAAGAGUUUUAGGUUUUAAAUGGGCCAAAGGUGUUAAGAGACCAGAAAAGUCUAAUGCAAUUGAUUUAUACGUUACCAAUCAAAUUCCAACCACUGAACCAGAAAAAUCUGAAUAUGAAUCUAAAUUUGAAGUUAUUCCAGAGCCUUUAACCGAAAAGGAGAGAAAAGAAUGGAUGGCCAAACUAACCAAUGUUGCUUUGAGUAGUGAUGCUUUCUUCCCAUUCCCAGAUAAUGUUUACAGAGCUGCUAGAAGUGGUGUCAAAUAUAUUGCAGCCCCAUCAGGCUCUGUUAUGGACCAAGCUGUUUUCAAUGCUGCUGAUUCUUUUGAUCUUGUUUAUGUAGAAAACCCAUUCCGUUUAUUCCAUCAUUGA